CUGAUGAUGAGGACGGACAAAGCCAUCGUCCAAUAAAAGCAUGGUCUACUAGUUUCUUCUCCCAUACGACAUACGCGAAAGACGCCUCGAAUCAGGUUCCGUCUUUUUGGUUAUAUGUGCUUGUUACCUAUAAAUUGCGGCUUAGAUGCAGGAUUGGCAGCAUUAGUAAAAGUUACUCCAUCGCGCAUAUCAAACUAUAACCAAAUAAUGGACAAUUCAAAGAUGCAAAUAUUGACAAUUGCGUUGAGCCUUAUUGCUUUUUGUUUUUCACCUACCGAGGGUGGCUUGAAAAAACGACAUGGAUACGAGUACAAGCAAUCGCCUUCGGUUCAUUUUGAAGCUCCGAAGCAGGAAGCAUCACAGGAGUACUAUGAAUACUCUCAAGCUAGCUCCCAUCCAUCGUCUUCUGGAUCUUCGUCGUCGUCAUCUGAUUCUUCGAGUAAACCCAGUGGCUACAGUAUUGGCAGUGGGUUAAGGUCAAUAGCUCAAGGAUCUGCUAAUCAAGCCCACUCGGCUGUCGCCAAUCAGCAUGCUGCCGCAAAACAAGCCGCUUUCAUUGCCAAAAAUACUUUGGCUCAACACGCAGUUCAAGCAGCCGCCACAGCACAAGCAGCACUAGCUGGAAAGCAGGUUAUCUUACAGGAAUUGGAACAACAGUCUUCAGAGGCACACAGGGCUUUGGCCAGAGAGUUGGAGCAGCUUCAAUCGGCGAAAGUUGCUGCGAAGUUAUCCCAACACACCGCACAAGUAGCCAGCAAUCAUGUCUCGAUUUUGGUUUCGGCAGUCAAUGACGCUAAGACCGUUGCAGAAUAUGCCGAAAAAGCGUCCUCAGAGGUGGCCAACCAACUGGCCUCACAGUCAUCCAUGGUUGGUCAGGCUAAAGCUCGUCUAGACGCCUUGCAGGAACAGCUCAAAGAUGCCCGAAUUGAUUAUGAAGCAACAAAGGAGGCAGCCUUAAAAGCAUCAUCUUCGGCUUCCGAAGCUCAGGCAAACGCAUCACAAGCUGGCGCUAGGGCAACUAUAGAACUACACGAGAGUGUAAGCAACACUGAUCAGGGUGGUGGUGGACAUUCUUAUGAAGAAUCGCAUCCUCAACAAAACGAGCACGGAGCAAUAAUUGAGGUACCUAGUGGAUAUAGUGGAAGUGGUCAUUAAAAGUGUUGUCACCAUUGGAUUAGUGAUUUGGAGUGGAACAGCUUUUAUCCUAAGAUUAUUUUAAUUUGUAACACAUACUAUAGUAUUUAACACUUAGUUUGGGAAAUGAAAUGUUCGAAAUGAUUUUCAUAUUUUAAACCAUUUAAAAGUAUGUAAAAUUUGUAACUUUCUGU